ACCAUGGCUUGCUUCUAAACUCACUGUUACCUUCAAAGAAAUAAUGAGAAUCAAAUCUAGAUACCAUGAGAGAAACAAUGGCGUGGAGGUACUUUAACAGAGAUGUUGUGCCAUUUGCUGCAAUGAUCGCUGUGGAGUGUGUCACGGUUGGUUCGACCACACUGUUCAAGGCUGCGACAUUGAGAGGAUUGAGUUUCUAUGUCUUUGUCCUCUACGUUUACGUUGUUGCUACACUUGUCCUUCUUCCACUUUCCCUCAUCUUCGGAAGGUCAAGAAGAUUACCUUCACCAAAAUCUCAUGUCUUUUUCAAGAUUUUCUUGCUUGCGCUUCUCGGGUUCAUGUCGAUGCUAGCUGGUUGCAAAGGAGUAGAAUAUAGUUCUCCUACUCUAGCCACUGCUAUUGGUACCCUCACGCCAGCUUUCACUUUCACGCUCGCCGUUAUCUUCAGGAUUGAACAAGUAGUGUUAAGGAGCUCUGCGACUCAAGCUAAACUCAUUGGUACAAUAGUAUCUAUAUCUGGUGCUCUGGUUAUUGUUCUUUAUAAAGGCCCAAAAGUUCUAGCUGCUGCAUCUAUCACACCUUCAUCAUCUACCAUCUCGCUUUACCAGCAUUUGACUUUAUCUGAUUCAAGUUGGAUACUCGGAGGGCUUUUGGUUGCUUCACAGUAUCUUCUUAUUUCAGUUUGGUAUAUUCUUCAGACUCAGGUGAUGGCGGUAUACCCUGAAGAAAUAACAGUAGUCUUCUUGUACAGCUUAUGCGCAACACUAAUCUCAGCACCAGUAUGUCUACUUGCAGAAAAAGACUUGACUUCAUUUCUGCUUAAACCAAGUGUCUCCCUCGCUUCAGUGAUGUACACAGGAGGCUUAGUGUCAACAUUGGGCUCAGUUAUACACACAUGGGGUCUGCAUCUGAAGGGUCCAGUCUAUAUAUCUUUGUUCAAGCCCUUGUCUAUUGUCAUUGCCGUUGCAAUGGAGGCUAUAUUCCUCGGCGAUGCACUUCACCUUGGAAGUGUCAUCGGAUCAGUGAUUUUGAGCUUAGGAUUCUACACUGUGAUUUGGGGCAAAGCAAGAGAGGAUUCAACCAGAAAUGUGGCUGGUUCUGAGCAGUCACCUUUGUUGCUUACCCACACCAUUGAAGAUGAAGCCUCAUCAUAAAGAUAUGACUGAUGCAAAGUGGAACCCUCUAAUAUAAUGGGUUAAUAAAUAUGGAGCCAUUAAGAUAUGGUCCUCAUUAAUGUUUACGUGCUACCUAUAUAUUGUUCUAUCUCUUAUCUUGUUAUAUUAGAAGGGCUAAAUAAGAACGAAAUUGUCUUAACUACUGAUAUUGCCAUAUUACCUUCAUUUUUCUUGCUUCUGAGCUCAUUUUGUCUAGCGAGAAUUUCUUAAAGUAUGGACAUCAGAAGCUAUGACAAGAGAAGAGACAGUGUGCCAUGGUAGGAUCUAACACACUGGUCAAGAGUGCUACCUUAAAAGCAUUGAACAAGUCCUUUGUUAGUUUCUGCAGGCUCCGUUGAACAAGUUUAUCUUCUGCUGCUGGAGGAAUCCAAGGUCAGUGAUGAUUGGUGUUACUGAAGCGGUAGGGCUAACUUUUGGAUUGAUGAAGAUUGCAGAUUUUUUGGGUUAAAUCACUGAUGAAGAGGAAAUCCAAUAAUCCAUCAAUAUUCCCUUCUGAAUAUGGAUCCUUGUGAUUGCUGGUGGGUUGUUAUCAUUGAUGCUGAUGAAAUUUGGUAUAAGUCUUGAUCAUUGGAAGGGAAUGCUCAAAUGGAAGUUGGAAAUUUCUUUGGUUGAGUGGUUAAGUUUGAAGGUAUUAAAGCUAUAGGGGGCAAAGUUCUUUGUCGUGGGUCCCUAGCAUAUUUGGAUAUGAUCCUUGUGGUGUGAAGUAUUUGAAUGAUUACUUUCCAAUAUUGUUGUCACUGAAAAUGUAUUGGUUCGUACUUAAAUAAUGUAGCAGAAACGUAAUUGGAGUUAAUCACAAAGACCAU